AUGGCUCUUCGUACUGUUCUCGUCUCCGACGUCCCUUGCCUCCCGGACUCUGUCUACGGAUUAGCCGAAGGUUUAGAUUUGAGCAAACCGAAAUCGUUUAGGAUGCCGGGAUUUUCGGUUAUCGGACACAGAGGAAACGGCAUGAACGUGUUGCAAUCGUCUGACCGGAGAACGAGAGGGUUUAAAGAGAACUCUAUUCUCUCGUUCAAUUCCGCCGCUAAAUUUCCGAUCGAUUUCAUUGAGUUCGAUGUUCAGGUCACAAAAGAUGAAAUCCCAAUCAUUUUCCACGAUGACUUCAUCUACUGCGAAGAAAAUGGUAGUGUUAGCGAGAGUAGAGUAACGGACCUGAGUCUCUCUGAGUUUCUCCUCUAUGGACCUCAGAGAGAAGCUGAGAAAACUGGGAAGACACUAAUGAGAAAAUCCAAAGAAGGCAAAGUUUUGAAAUGGGAAGUUGACUUGGAUGAUUCUCUCUGCACGUUACAAGAAGCUUUCGAGAGAGUAGAGCAGUCUCUAGGGUUCAAUAUCGAGUUGAAGUUCGAUGACCAUACAGUCUAUGAACGAGAAUCUCUCGUCCAUGUUCUGAGAACAGUUCUUCAGGUUGUGUUUGAUUAUGGUAAAGACAGACCAGUGAUCUUCUCAAGUUUCCAACCAGAUGCAGCUCAGCUUAUUAGGGAGCUACAGAGCAUUUACCCUGUUUUCUUUCUGACUGAUGCGGGGAACCAUAUUUACAAUGACGAGAGAAGAAACUCGCUAGAAGAAGCCAUUAAUGUUUGCUUGGAAGGGAAGCUACAAGGCAUUGUUUCAGAGGUUAGAGGAGUGUUUAAAAAUCCAUCAGCCAUUAGCAAGAUCAAAGAAUCUAACCUUUCUCUCCUCACAUACGGCAAACUCAACAAUGUGGGAGAGGCAGUAUACAUGCAAUAUGUGAUGGGGAUUGAAGGAGUGAUUGUAGAUUUUGUUGAGGAGAUUGUAGAGUCAGUGAAUCUCAUGAUGAUAAGACCAUCAUCACCACCAUCGUUAUCACCAUUACCAUCAUCACCUUCCAAGGAUGAUGGUGCCAUUACAAGACCUGAGUUUUCACAAAAGGAGAUUGAUUUUCUUCUCAAGCUUCUCUCUCAGCUGAUACAACAUUGA